AUGGCGGACGCUGCUGUAAGAGCUGCUAAAAGGGCUGCUGAAGCUCAGAAUGUUACUGAAGCUGAAAGAGCUAACGCUGCUGAGGAGCUUGACGCUGCUAAGAAUGCUGCUGAGGGUGUGAGGGCUAUAGCCGCUGCUAAAAAGGCCGCUGCUGAGAAGGCCGCUGCUGAGAAGGCCGCUGCUGAGAAGGCCGCUGCUGAGAAGGCCGCUGCUGAGAAGGCCGCUGCUGAAAAGUUUGCCGCUAACAAUGCUGCUGCUAGGGAGGCUGCCGCUGCUAUGAAUAGUCCUUUGGGGGAUGCUGUUGCUAAGCUUAUUGCUGAUAGGGACGCUGCUGCCAAAGCCGCUGAUGCGGAUGUUAUUUUGGGGAAGGCUGUUUCUACGCUGUUUCUACGCUGUUUCCAGGCUUGUUUCUGA